UUAGCGUUCACGCCAAAAAAUCAAGAUUAAAAAAUCGUAUUUUGGAUCGGAUAAUAUGUUGAAAACAGUGCUGCUUGCAGCAUGUGUUUUAAUUACUGCCAGUAGCUCCGCCCAGUCAACAUGCCAAGACACCACCUCAGAACCCCUUACAGGAACGUACGAAAAGCCAAGUGAUAGUAGGUACCUCUUCUUAAGCUCCUCCCGCUCCACUUACCAUGAUGCAGUUGCGUCAUGUUCGAUGCGCGGGGGAAAGUUGUAUUCUUUGCCUAGUUUACCCGACACCAGUUUCACCGAAAUGCUAGGCAAGUAUUCGGGCGUAGGGGCUCAGGGAUACAUACUAAACAACGGAAGCCAAUGUUUGGGAUCUACAUCAGGAUCUCCUGGUGUUGGUAAUUGCAUUAAGAUUUAUCGAACAAGUUCUGCUGCAGCGUUUUCCUGUAGCUCAACCGGUUGCUGCGACAAGUUACAAUUCAUUUGUGAAGUUCCAGAGGCGUGCAUGUAUUGCUCCUUAAAUGGUACGUGUACUGAUUCUGGUAAUUGUAGUUGCAAUGCUGGAUACAAAAGAGAAGGAAUUGCUUGCAUCGACAUAAACGAAUGCUCGGCUAAUCCAUGCUUAGCUUCUCAAGUUUGUGUAAACACCCUAGGAAGCCAUCGUUGUGCUGAUGAGUAUAGGACAAUUAUCGAUCAACGUGUUGGUGCUUACAACGGAAGCAAAGAAUGGACAGACAUGUAUGAUUCAAACAUUCAGAAUGCUACCAAAAUGGCGUGGGUUGGUGUUACGGGCUACCAGCGGCAGACGAGUGCUAGUUUGCUGGUAUAUGACGACAUUCUUGUGGCAAGGUACACGGUGUUACACAUCACGCAAAAUGGCAAUGUGAGUGACUUAAUACGAUCGUACAAAACCAAGCAUGGAGAUGUUUUUUUUUCUGAAUUUGAUCUUGAAACCCCCGUAAAACAUAACCAAAACUGCUGCGCCAGUUGCGGGCCAAAUAAAUCUUGCACUAGUCGCUUGGGUGAAGUUACUUGCAAAUGCCAGAUUGGAUUUACAUCGAGCAGUUCUGAGGAUAUGGACAGUUGCGAUGACAUUGAUGAAUGUGCUAAUUCGACAAAGUUCAGUUGCCCUGCUCAUUCAGCAUGCAAGAAUACGUUGGGUUCGUAUUAUUGCGGCGAGUGUUUAAAAGGAUACACUGGUUCUCCACAUAACUGCUCAGAUAUUAAUGAAUGUACGAGUGGAACUCAUAACUGUAGUUCAAACUCUUUUUGUGUCAAUACCAAUGGAAGUUACAUCUGCAACUGCCCAACUGGGUACAGCGGAAUUCACUGCACAAAUAUUGAUGGUUGUUUGGCAGCCAAUCUUCGCUGCAACGAAAGUCAGUUUUGUGACAAACAGGAUGGAAGCUUUGUAUGCAGAGUUGGAUAUCCACGCCGAUUUGACCAACUCCUGGCUGGUUUGAACGCAAGCGAUUUUAAUAACAAGACAUCUGAUUCUUAUGCUAAAUUGAAAACAAUGAUUACAAAUGAUUUGCAAACGUUAUGGAAUGUGUCAAAUGGAAUGGUCCAGGUGUCCGAUUUCUUUUCAUCUGGUGGAAAACUGGUCGUAAGAUACGAUGUGUACACAUUUGACAUCCAUGAAUUUCAUAAAGAUCUUAUAGCAUCUUAUGUCUCUCGCAACACAGUCACACCAAAAUAUCCAUAUCAAGCUGAAGUACCCAAAGCAUAUUUUAAUUGCUGUGGGAGUUGUGGACAAAAUGCAAAAUGCCAAACAUUUUUAGGAAAUGUAUCGUGUCAGUGUUUAUCAGGGUUUUAUGGCUCACCACCUAACUGCACAGAUAACCAAUGCUUGACAAGCUCAAGUCCUUGUUCAUCAAAUGCUAACUGCACCAAAACUGAGGCAAACUAUUCUUGUGCAUGUCAUUCUGGAUUUGUUGGAAAUGGAACAUUUUGCUACCCUUCAACGUGUAAGACUGCACCCAAAAUGUGUCAUCAUAAUGCAUUAUGUAAACAAGAUGGUGAAAAUUGGAACUGUGAAUGCAAACCAGGCUUCUAUGGUGAUCCGAUAUCUAAUUGCACAGAUAUAGAUGAAUGUACAGAUGAUGAUGGCAAGUGCCACCAAAAUGCAAGUUGCACGAACAAUAUAGGGAAUUAUACUUGUAGUUGUCGUACUGGAUUUAAUGGAAAUGGAUCUUUUUGUGAAGAUAUAGAUGAAUGCAGUACCAACGUGAGCAACUGCCACCAUAAAGCAACCUGUAACAACACUGUUGGCAGUUACACUUGUAUUUGUAUGACUGGGUAUUAUAAAAAUGGAACCGGUUGUUUUGAUAUAGACGAGUGCAAAGGUUCAUCACACAAAUGUAAUAGAUCCGCCAGUUGUAGGAACACACCAGGAAGUUAUAACUGCUCAUGUAAUUCUGGUUACAAUGGUGAUGGAUUCACCUGUGACGAUGUAAAUGAAUGUGAUGAAGCAAAACCCCGAUGUCAUACCAAUGCUACAUGCAUAAAUAAACCUGGUUCUUAUGAAUGUAAAUGCAAAGAUGGCUAUGACGGGAAUGGAACACACAGCUGUAUAGACAGAAAUGAAUGUGCUGGUGGUAACUGUCAUCAAAAUGCUUCCUGUAUUAAUGAGGUUAACAGUUUUACUUGUGUUUGUAACUCUGGCUUCACUGGAAAUGGAACAAAUUGUACAGAUACUAAUGAAUGUUCAAAUUCUACAUUAAACCAAUGUCACGUCAAUGCUGCAUGUGUUAACACACCAGGAAGUCACCAUUGCAGUUGUAUGUCUGGGUUUUCUGGUUCUGGAGAAGAUUGUCAAGACAUAAAUGAAUGUGAAAACAAAACGGACAAUUGUGACUCCAAUGCAAAUUGUAGCAACAAUGUUGGAAGCUUUACUUGUACUUGCCAUGAUGGGUUUCAUGGAAAUGGUUCGUUCUGCACAGACAUAAAUGAAUGUGAAAACAAAACUGACAAUUGUGACUCGAAUGCAAAUUGUACAAACAAUGUUGGAAGCUUCACUUGUACUUGUCAUGAUGGGUUUCAUGGAAACGGUCCGUUUUGCACAGACAUUGAUGAAUGUUCAAAUUCUUCAUUGAACGGAUGUCAUUCAAACGCCACUUGCCAUAACCAACCAGGAAGUUAUAACUGCACUUGUAAAGCUGGGUUUACUGGAGAUGGAAAAACUUGCAGAGAUGUUAAAGAAUGUUUAAAUUCCACAUUGAAUCAAUGUCACGUCAACGCUACAUGUGUUGACACACCAGGAAGUCACCAUUGCAGUUGUGUGUCUGGAUUUUCUGGUUCUGGAGAAGAUUGUCAAGACAUAAAUGAAUGUGAAAACAAAACUGACAAUUGUGACUCGAAUGCAAAUUGUACAAACAAUGUUGGAAGCUUCACUUGUACUUGUCAUGAUGGGUUUCAUGGAAAUGGUUCGUUUUGCACAGUGUUCUUACUUGUAGACAUUGAUGAAUGUUCGAACUCUUCAUUGAACGAAUGUCAUACAAAUGCCACUUGCCAUAACGGACCAGGAAGUUAUAACUGCACUUGUAAAGCUGGGUUUACUGGAGAUGGAAAAACUUGCAGAGAUAAAAAUGAAUGCACUGGAAAACAUGUUUGUCCACCUAACUCUAACUGUACCAACACACCUGGGAGUUACGCAUGCAUAUGCAUUGCUGGCUUUUUUAAGAAUGGCACAAUGUGUUCUGACAUCAAUGAAUGUGAAACAGGAAACUUUUCCUGCCAUGCAAAUGCUGAGUGUAUAAAUGCAAUAGGCACCUACUGCUGUGUGUGCAAACAGAAUUUUACUGGGCAUGGCAGCAACUGCACAGAACUUGACUGUUCAAAUGGUGGUAAGGAUUGUAGUUCAAAUGGCUCGUGCAUGCUUAAGGGUGGAAAACAUGUUUGCAAGUGUAACAUGGGGUACAAGGGAGAUGGCUAUUCUUGCAUAGAUAUGAAUGAAUGCCUCGAUAGUUCUAAAAACAGUUGUCACAUCCACGCAAACUGCACAAAUACAGUUGGAAGUUACUCUUGCAUGUGUCAUGCAGGGUAUACUGGUAAUGGGAAGAUAUGCACAGAAAUUAAUGAAUGCGAACAUGCUAAUUGUUCAAGUACAUCAACAUGUGUGGAUAGGGUCGAUGGUUACACUUGUGUCUGUAAAGAUGGUUUUACUGGCAAAAACUGUACAGAUAUUGAUGAAUGUAAAAAUGCAUCUGUAAUAUGUGAACAAAAUGAAAUGUGUGUGAAUAACGAUGGUUCUUAUAUGUGCAUCUGCAAGCCUGGAUAUGCCACUUCCAAUUGCACAGAUGUAAAUGAAUGUAAUAAUGGAGAAGCCAAGUGCCACAGUAAUGCUACAUGUAAUAACACAAUGGGUAAUUACACCUGUACCUGCUAUACUGGGUUUAUAGGCGAUGGUUACAACUGCAUAGAUCGCAAUGAAUGUAGUGCAGAUAAUGCUUGUAGUGCAAAUGCAACUUGCACAAACCAUGGUGGUGGCUACACUUGUACAUGCAAGUCUGGAUUCUCAGGUGAUGGCCACACGUGUACAGAUAUUAAUGAAUGUAGUAGCAACCCGUGCCAUGAAAAUGCUUAUUGCAAUAACACAGAUGGAAGUUAUACUUGUACAUGUAAGAAGGAUUAUUCAGGAGAUGGAAAAUCAUGCCAAUUGUUACUUCAUUGUUCAACCAAUGGUGUUUUUGAAUGCCACAAGUAUGCAUCAUGUGUGUCUGAUAAUAACGGACAAUACUCUUGUAAAUGUAAUCCAGGCUUUCAAGGUGAUGGAACUACAUGUUCAGGCAUUUGCAAUUUACAAGUUUACCAAAACUUGACAUUCAAUGAAACGCAAGUUCCCUUUGUUCAAGCAUCAAAUGAAAAAUGUUCAAACGGUCUUUCAAAAGCCACAGCAGUCUGUACACCUGGAACAAAUGGAUUAUUCUCAUUUGCAAAACUUAAGUCCAUUCCUUGCAAUGCAAGUUUACUAUCGUUGGAAAAUGGCAAUGCAGAAGAGACCACAGCAACAAUUCAAGUAUUAACUUCACAUGCAGAGAAUAUUUCCACAAGUGAAGUAUCAGUUGUAGUGGACUAUUUUGUCAACAUCACAGAUAACAAUCAAAAUGAAACAAUAUCCACAGCUACAUUUUACUCAGCUGCAUCUAUAUCCAGUAACCUCAUUACCAAGUUCUUCAAAACUCCGGACACACCUAACAAUAAAGAAAACACAAAACUUCGUAACAACUUAGUGCAAUCCCUCACUAAACUCGCUCGCUCUGUAGAACUUGAACCUGAUGAUCCUCUUGUGGUGGAAACUGACACUGUUGUUAUAAAAGUACUUCAGUCAUCUACUGACACAACCACUUUGCGAUUUAAACCGGUUGUGACUAGUGGGAACAACAUCACUCGCACACCAGUGAAUGUUGUACUGCCAUCCACAGUGCUACAGAAAGCUUGGGGAACAACUGCUACACGAGCAAAGAGAGAAACUAAUGGUGGUAGAGCUUCAUUCAUGCUUUACAUUGAUGAUUCUUUGUUUCCAUCUUCAAGCAAUGUCACCACUGUUGUAGAAAUUGAUCUUGGAGUGGAGUUUGUUACCGGUUUGCAGGAUCCUGUCAAAAUUGAACACUAUGACAAAGGUGGAACUUUAUAUGGGCAGACUGAAACUGAGGAUACCUUUACUGUGGUAGAAACAGUAUAUAGUUGUGAGUAUUGGGAUUUCAACAAAAAUGAUUGGUCCAGUGAAGGAUGUUGCUUUAAUUAUACUUCGAACCCACCAGAAUGCCUCUGCACACAUCUCACCAACUUUGCUCUUAUCAUGAAAAACAACAAUGCCCCUGCAGACUUGGCUCUAUCAGUUAUUAGUGAUAUUGGAUGCAUUCUAUCUAUAAUUGGUUUAUUUGCUACAAUCGUUAUACAUGCUGAAGACAGGGAUUUAAGAAGGCGCCGACCAACAAAAAUCUUACUAAAUAUCUGUGGUAACCUGAUGAUUGCUUACCUCAUAUUUGUGGUUGGUAUUGACCAUCCUAAGCAGAAGAAUGCUUGCAUUGCUGUCACUUACCUGUUACAUUACUUCUUCCUCACUUCUUGGUGCUGGAUGUCAGUGUACAGCUAUGACAUGUACAUGAGUCUUGUGAAGGUCUUCCGUGGAAAUGAACACAACUUCUUGCAGUGGUGCAGUUUGUUUGCAUAUGGUACUCCCCUUGUGAUUGCUUCCAUCACAGUUGGUGUUACUGUGGGUUAUUUGGACAAUUUACCACAAGCUGUUAAGAACAAUCUGUGUGGCGAUGUCAUUGAUCCUCUGAAAAAAUCAACCUACCAUGCCAGUAAUAUAUGUUGGUUAAAUGGACCUGCUCUCUACAUUGGUUUCCUCAUUCCAAUAACCAUCUGCUUUGUUGGUAAUUUUGCCAUCUUUGUCUGUGUCCUAAAAGAAAUCAUUGAAAAGAACAGCAAGGUUGAAGUGUCAUCAAUGAAGAGAACGGUCAAGCAGAACAUGAUAUUUGCUGUGACUAUGACUUCAAUCAUGGGACUUACAUGGGUGUUUGGAUAUCUGUUGCUUCUAUCUGACAAUGAGGCAUAUCUUACAGCUAUGAGCUGGAUAUUUGCUCUUUUUAAUACAUUACAGGGUGUAGGGAUAUUUGUACUAACAGCAAUGCGUCGUCCCCGAUUUCGCAAGCUUUGGAAAAAUUCCACAUCUGCAGUCACUUCAUCGCAUGCAUUGUCAGUCUUCCGUGGCACUGAUACUUUGCGAAGCGAAGAUGCCUCCACUGCUACUACUGAUAUGAAUCAUAGAGAGUGACCAUCAAUGGAAAAGUAGGAUGGUGAAGAGUGAGACAGAAACAUGCUGUAGCACAUACAACGAUAAUCAACACUGUUAAAACACUAUAAACCAAAUCACUUUUUUCUUGUAAUAUUUUAUGUUCAUUUUUAUGUAUUUAUUCUUAAUGAUCAGUUUUACUAAGACUUUAAUAUUUACCGAUUGUUUUAUGUAUUUAAGCGGUUAUAAUUAGUUUUUGUUUAUUUUAUUUACUGGAUUGUCCAGACAGCAUUUUCUGUACAUUUUUGCAUUUUAAAAGAUGUCUUAUUCUGAUCAAAUCUCUGUAACUUUUUAAGAUUUAUACUUUUUGUAAAAAUACUUCUUUUAGAAGUUGCAGCAGUAUUAGUAUUGUGUUCCUUGUGUUACAUGUUUUUGUAAUUUGUAUCUGCAGAACCGUUACGCGCCUGUUGGAGUGAUAAUUUAAACGUCGAUAGUUGUUAAUAAAUAAGAAUGGUCUGUCUUAAA